ACUUUUGUUGCUUCAUCCUCCACUCGUUGUUAUUUCUCUGGACGGUUAUGCAUACAAAUACUUGUCGAAAAGGAUACAGCCAGCAAUGGAUAAAAUGGCAGAUUGUGGAGUUACUGCAAAGGUAUAUCCAGCAUUCCCAUCUUUGACAUUUGCAAAUCACAUCACUCUUGCCACUGGUUUCUUUCCAGGUCACCAUGGUAUUGUUAGUAAUUCGAUAUACGACCUCAGUAUAAGCUCGAAACCCGAAUAUCUAGGCAACUCCAUGAAUGACGAGCUAUAUGUUAAAGAGCCCAUAUGGUCAAUUUACCAGAGAUUGACAGGACGAAAAGCAGCUACAAUAUCAUGGAUUGGAACCUACCACAAUAGCACGCAUUACAUGCAACCACAUUACACAGUACCGUUUGAUAAUAACAUGAAUAUAGACGACAAAUUUGACCAGGUGGUUAAAUGGCUAAAACUUGACGAAGAUGAGAGGCCUGGCCUGAUCAUGACCUAUAUUUCAGAGAUAGAUUACGCAGGACAUCGAGUAUCAGGUCUAAAGCUGGAUGCAGCAAUAAGAUCGGUAGACGAAUCCAUUGAGCGCUUUCUGCGAAAAUUGAGCAAGGAAGGCAUGCUGAAUUGCGUCAACCUAGUCAUACUAUCUGAUCAUGGAAUGGCAGAAAUAAAGAAUCGUGUUGUACUGGAGGAGUUGUUCGACAUAAAUGGUCUUGUAAUCUUUCAGGGUGCUACUACCUUAAUAUUUCGAAAUGGCUCCACAUUGACUGACAAAGAAAUAUUAAAUACAUUGAUAUGCAAAGGAACAGAUGAAUUUCGUGCAUUCAACAGGACAACAGUUCCGGCUAGAUGGCAUUGUAGUAAAUCAGAAAGGAUUGGCGACCUUAUUGUUCUUGGAAAAAAAGGAUCCAGAACAUAUGUUCAUCGAGCGGAUAUAAAAGGAGAUCAUAUUGGUCGUCACGGUUUUGAUUUCAUUGAUCCUGAUAUGCAUGCUAUAAUGUUCGCGCGAGGACCUAGUUUCAAAGCAGGAACAGCGCUACCUUCAUUCAUGAUCGUGGAAUACAUGAAUUUGUGGACAAAACUGUUGCAACUGCCGGCACAAGAAAAUGACGGAGAACCAGAUUUUAUGAACAUGGCGCUAGUCUCCUUCGUUGAAACUCCAAACAAGGUUCAAGGUUUUCCAGUGAGAGAGUGUAGCACUGAUGCAUCGAAUAAACAUUUUUUGAAAGUCACAUGUGGAUACUGCACUGCAGCAGACAAGCAAAAGUUUACGAACUGGGCCAGUUGCCGCAAAGGUGAAAUGUUCAAGGCAUUAUCCGUAACUUCAGAUAUAAACGGUGUAGAUACCUUUUGUUACAUAACAGGAUGCAAUGAAUUGGCCGUAAAAAGCAAUGCAAGAGAAAAUGGAUAUGUUGCUGUCCUCAUUGAGACGUACGACAAUGAUAAAGUCAACGAGCAACCACUCAGCGCAGACUGCACAUUUCCUUUGAUUGAAACAUCUCAUCCAUGCAGGACCAGCAUCAUCAACGAGACUGUAAAAUACCGAACGCUUUCAGCGUAUCCUGGCAGAGUGCUUGCCAACGAGCACAGUCUCAUUAUUCCUUGGAAGCCAAACUUUGUCAAAGAAAUUCUCGAGCCACUCAAUGAGUAUACGAGGGAUAUUGUAAAAAGAUAUGGACGAGUGAUAUCAAUUACGGGGACUGCAUAUGAGGAUAAUUAUGAAAGAGAAUAUGCAGCGUUCCAGCUUUCUGCGAUCUACCCUACCCAUAUUUAUCGCAUACACAUAACCUGCAAUGGCAAGUGGUCUUCGGACGGACUCCAAUGUCAAAGUUUGGAACGUACAAAAGUCCUGUCUUUCAUCUUACCUCACAUGGAUGGUGAUCCAAACUGCUUGGAUAAAAAUGAGCUGCUUCUACAAUACACUGCACGGAUAAAAGAUGUAGAAAUUCUUAGCGGGCUUAAGUUCAACCUCUCCAAUCUUACCAACGAGCAACAAAUAGUGCUCAAGCUACACGUCAAUACUGAGUUAUGGUAGCCAACUUGACCUCUGCUAGAAUAUCUUGUUUUUGAAGUGUCUUACCUUAGCUUGCUAGAUUUAUAUUUUAUUUAAAUUCUUGUCUGUUAAACGGAGGUUAAAGAGAGUCGG